UUGCGUUGCGCGGAUCGUAUACGUAGUACCCUCUCUCUCUCUCUCUCUCUCCGUCUGCUCUCUCAGAGCCAAGGCCGCCAUUGACGACCUCUGUUCUAAGCUUCUUUGCUCUCAAAUUUCGGGGUCAGAGUUGCAUCCACAAUUCCCGAUCCCCAAGGAAAAUGUUUGUUUGGCUAGAAAGAAAGUAAAAUAAAAAUUGAACGGAAAAAAAUGAGGCCGUAUUCUUCUCAUAAACCUUCUUCUCAGAGUAUUAACAUCGCUGCCAGUGCUCAGAGGCUCGAUGUCGAUAAUCGGAUUACUCUCCGGUACUACUUCCGGAUCGCCGAUAAUAUUCUCAAACAGGCUGACAUCUUUCGAAGAGAGAAGAAUAUUAUAGAUCUAUACAUUAUGCUUCUAAGGUUUUCAAGUUUGGUCUCUGAGACAAUACCCUGCCAUCGAGAUUACAGAGGAUGUCUUCAAAGCCAAAAAGUUUAUUUGAAAAAGAAAUUAUUGGCUACAUUGACUGAGCUGGAAGAGUUGAAGCCUGCAGUGCAACAGAAGAUCGACGAAUUAGACAAAAAACAUGCAUAUCAUGUAAAUGGGAGCAGCCAAUUACAUCGAAAUAAUUCAUGGGACUGGUCUCCUGUUAAAAAACAAUCCUUGACGAAUUAUGAUGUGACAAAGGCUGCAAGACCAGCUGCACGUCAAUUCCCCACUCAAGGUUCAAGGGCUCAACAAUUUUCGUAUGCCAGACCCGUGGAAGAGCAGUUCCACAAAUUAUCUUUUAGUAUCCCGCGUCCAAAGGAGGAAACUCUCUCUAGGCACUCUAUCUUGGGUCCAAAUGGACUUCAUGGGCAGUGGCAGCCACCUAUUAGUGAUAAAGGGGUCCAAUAUCCAAGCAAUAUAGAUCUGACUCCAGUUGAAAUCCCAAGGUUUGCCUCUAGCCUGCAGAAAACCAUAGAUGAUGGACUUGCAACUAGAGAAGACUAUAGCAACUUGGGACAGGAAAAAUCAAGGCAGGAAUCAAUUCUUACCUCAAAAGAUGAUACUCAGAUACAUUGUGCUGAGGAAACUUCUUCCCUGAUUUCAUUUGAAACAACACAAUCUCAACCAAAUAUUAUCAGACAGCCUUCUCCUCCACCUGUACUUGCUGAAGUACAAGAUUCAAACCCAGCAGUGUCACACACUUGUUCUCCAAAUGUACUUGCUGAAAUACAAGAUUUAAUACCUGCAGUGUCAUCCCAAGUUAGUGAGUCAGGAUGUGGAACUGAGAUGUCCCCUAAAGAUAAUUUUGUUCAAGCUGAAUCUCCACUGCAAUUACAUAUUUCAACCAAUAUGAUGGAGACCUUUAUGAAGCUUGCUAAGUCAAAUACUGUUAAAAACUUAGAAACAUGUGGUGUACUUGCAGGUUCACUUAAAAACAGAAAAUUUUAUGUUACAGCUCUCAUCAUUCCAAAGCAGGAAUCAACAUCAGAUUCUUGUCAGACGACAAAUGAAGAGGAAAUAUUUGAAGUGCAGGACAAGCAAUCUCUUUUCCCUCUUGGGUGGAUUCAUACACAUCCCACGCAGUCUUGUUUCAUGUCGUCGAUUGAUCUUCACACUCAUUACUCAUAUCAGAUUAUGUUGCCAGAAUCUGUCGCAAUUGUCAUGGCACCAAAGGAUGGUUCAAAAAAGCAUGGCAUUUUCCGGUUGACUACACCCAGCGGCAUGUCUAUCAUUAGAAAAUGUCAGCAACGUGGCUUUCAUCCACAUGAUCAGCCUCCAGAUGGUGGGCCCCUUUACAAGACUUGUACAGAUGUUUACAUGAACCCCAGUUUAAAAUUUGAUGUCAUUGAUCUUCGUUGAUCACAAUCAAAACAUUCGGAAUUGUAUAUUUAGCGAUGCAAUUGUUCAUAUAUUGUGUGUGCUAUAAUAUUUUUACCAUUAGGGAGCCUUCCGAAUGCAAGAAUAGUCAUGUUAAUGUACUGGUGUUUGUGUAAAAGAUGAUAGGGGAAUAUUGCCAGCUGACCACAUAACUAUCUAUUGUACCCUGAUCAAUUGGCCAUCACUGGAAUUGCAAUGGAAAUAACUUCAAGCUGUGUUUAUA